UACUCAAGUAGACGCACUUCGCACAGUGUCGCGCUAACAGCAUCAAAAAUCUCGUUGUUUAUAUUAGGAAUUAGUGGGAUGCUAUAUUCUGAAACAGCCAUCGGUCUUAAGUCACAGCCCCAUUUACUAUUGUUGCUUGCUAUUAUUUGUUGACAAAAGGAUUUCUUUGGAUGGCUCAGUAGCCAAGUACGCAGGCUUAACUCAUUGAUUAUUAAUUCUUUCACUGGUGCUUAAUUUCGUGCUAAUAAGAUGCAUUAUAAUAAGUAGGAGGGGACGUAUUCAUCGCAAAACCUAAGAGAGCGACAAGUAUUUGCUGCACAGUGAUGCGUUGAGUUCAAUGCGUUCAAAGUGUAUACAAGCGUGGCGGACUGACUCAAGCUGAGUCCAGAUGUAAUUCAUAACGUGUGAAUUCAUCGUAAAACAUGAGGAAAACGUCAAAAAGCGUACCUUACUACAUUGUCAUUCUUAUAAUCGUAGGAAUUCUCACCACAAGAAAAUGUGUGGCUAACGGGAUGAAGUCCAUGAUGGCCUGCGAGAACGGUAUGAUGUACAUCAAGUGUCCACAUAAUACCCUUCAAAUACAGAUCGCACAAGCAUCGUACGGACGAGAGCUUUCAAAGAAAUUCGUCUGUCAAUCAAAUGAUCCAAACGUAGUAAUCAAAGACUGUGGGGUUAGCAAUGUAAAAUCACGAGUACAGAAGAAAUGCGACGGGAAAUAUGAAUGUAAUUUUAAAGUAGACAAUCAAAACUUGGGUUAUUUCUGCACCAACGUGUACAAGUACCUCAUCGUAUUGUUUGAUUGCAGUAAGUGGAACUAUAAUUUGUCUUUCUUCUUAUCGUUAUGCUAA